AAGAAAGCUUCAUACUGCUACAUCCUCCAUGAACCCUAAUUGAAAAUGGUUUUCUCCACACCUGAUUAAUACAUAGUUUUUCCUCGCACCAAAAUACCUGCACCGGCCUCGUCGGUGUAACCCAAUCACAUUUGGAUCAGCCCAACAAAACAAAGAACAAUUUUAUUUUAAAAAAGCCGUCCCAACCCAACCCUUUUCAAGUUUAUACCGUUGCAUUUUCAGCAGCAGAUGCGUUAAUCCGACUGUUGUCCUGUAUGAGUUGAACUUGUGUUCUUCCCCAAAUAAAUUUCACAGAGUUCAGUACAGAGAACAAGCUGAGUUUCAGAUUGAGCAAAAAUCAUGGAUAUGAGUAGCAUAUGGUACUACUGGGCAAGUGGUGCCUUGGGUAUUCUUAUAUUUCUGACUGUGGGUAUCAAAAAAUGGAGAUCUAAGAGGCUUCCUCCAGGGCCUUUUGCAUUGCCCCUGUUGGGCCAUCUUCAUCUGCUGGAGCCCAAUGUUCAUGAAUGCCUCUCAAAGAUCUCUGAGAAAUAUGGGCCUCUCAUGUCCUUCAAGUUUGGCAUGAAGACAUCAAUUGUGGUGUCCUCCUCUUCAAUGGCAAAGGAGAUUCUGAAAGAUAAUGACCAGACCUUUGCAAACAGAAGCAUUCCUGUUGUUGCCAGAUGCAUUGCAUAUGAUGCAUCAGAUAUUCUGUGGAGCCCCAGUGGACCCAGAUGGCGAUUGCUCAGAAAAAUCUGUGUUAAGGAGCUUUUCAGCCCCAAAAGUACAGAGGCCCUGCAGCCUCUGAGAAGAGAGGAGGUGCGCAGAACAAUUGGGAACAUUUAUAAGGACUCUGUUAAAGGGGUGAGUGUUGAUGUGGGGGCAAAGGCCUUUAUGACUUCACUGAAUCUAAUUACAAAUAUGAUGUGGAGCACCAGUACUGAGACUGGUGAAAGGGGGAUGGAAUUUAAGGAUCUGGUUGGGGAACUUGUUUAUGUUCUGGGUGUGCCCAAUGCUUCUGAUCUUUUCCCCUUUCUGGAGAGAAUGGAUGUUCAGGGGCUUUACAGGAGGAUGCAGAAGGUUUUUGUGAGAUUUGAUAGGCUGUUUGAUAGUAUUAUUCAGGACAGGAUGAGUGGUAAGAGCAAGGGGCAGGAUUUUUUGCAGUCUUUGCUUGAUCUGGUGGAAAGAGGUGUGGAUGAACAUGAUCCUGAUAGUGUGCAGCUCACCAUGAAGGAUGUUAAAGUAUUGUUGAUGGACAUGGUGACUGGAUCAACAGAUACAACAUCCAACACAGUGGAAUGGGCAAUGGCAGAGCUGUUACAACAGCCAGAGAUAAUGCAAAGAGCCCAAAAAGAACUGGAACAAGUUGUGGGGCUUGACAAUAUAGUAGAAGAAAGACACCUAUCCCAACUGCCAUACCUAGACAUAAUAGUGAAGGAAAUAUUAAGGUUACACCCUGCACUGCCUCUGCUUGCACCACACCGUCCAGAAAAGGACUGUGAGAUUGGAGGGUACAUCAUUCCAAAGGACACCCAAGUGCUGAUCAAUGUGUGGAGUAUUCAGAGGAAUCCAAAAGCGUGGAAGGAUCCAUUAGUGUUUGAUCCAGAGAGGUUUGCAGAUUCAAAGUGGGAUUACAAUGGAAGGGAUUUUGACUACUUUCCAUUUGGGUCAGGGAGAAGGAUCUGUGCAGGGCUUUCUAUGGCAAACAGGAUGGUGCAUUAUGCAUUGGCUUCUCUUCUGCAUUCUUUUGAUUGGUCUCUUCCUGUUGGGGAGAAACUGAACAUGGCUGAGAAGUAUGGAAUUGUGCUACGCAAAGCAGUUCCUCUGGUUGCUAUUCCUAAGCCCCGUUUGUUGCAGCCCAAUCUCUAUGAUUAGUGGAUUCUAAGGCAGGAUACUAGGACUAUUUAGUUAGGAUUUCUUCUAUUUUAUCAUCAAUCUUAUACUUACUUUUUAAUCUAUAGGUACUAGUACUUGUAUUGAAAGGAGGUGUAUUGAACAAGUUUUAUUUUAAGAAUUUUGAUACAAUAUUAUAAAUGCGUAAUAAUAAUUUGUAA